AUGGCAUCCCUAAACCAAGACCAAAUAAAGACCCUUGAACAAUCCCGCCAACGGCUCGUCCAGCUCACCCGCUCCCUAGCCUCUCUAAUCGGCAGCUUAAACCAAAGCGACCCGCUUCCAUCCUGGUCCUCGCUCCAAUCCCAAGCAGGCAUCAUCUCAAACAACCUCCUCAGCGUCUCUGAGCACCUCUCCGACAACCGCGACCUCCUCUUUGCGCUCGGCGCCUACCCGGGCCCCUCGUACCCCGGCCGCACGCAGGCCCCGACGCUUGAGCAGCUCCUCCGCACGAAACUCGACCCCCGGGUUGAGGACUGGGUAUCGCGCGGUCGGCGGUCGGGGGCGUCUGCGCUGGAGGACCAGGGUGCGUUGAGUGAGGGGGCGCUGGCGGAGCUGUGGGAUUGGGCGCCUGUCGAGGCGAACCAGGAGGCGAGGGGGAGGAACUGGGGCGGGAAUUUCACGCUGGAAGAGAGGGAGAUGGGGAUUCAGAAUGUUGUUACCGGGUUGAGGAGGCAGUUGGAGGAUGAGGAUGAGGAUGAGGAGAGUGAGAGUGAGGAGGAAGGGGAGGGGGAGGAAGAAGAAAUGGAGGUUGUUGGAGUACGACGCAAGUCUGGUGUGGGCGCUGGAUUGGAGUUUGAUAUUGCGGCGCCUAUGCCGGGGUCACGGCAGCAGCAGCAGCAGCAGCAGCAAAAAGCAGCUGGACAUGCGGUUCCAUUGGAGGAUAUUCUACGGUAUAUGACUACGGGGAUACCGCCAACGCAGCGCUGA